CAAGGGUCGCAGACGGCGGCCGCGCAUGAGGCUGAUCGCUGCCAUUGUAGAUACACGUGUCGACUACACGAUUGCCACCGCAGUCAAGGCCAAUCUGCGCCACCUCCGAGCACACCAUGCGCAGUGGCGGCUGCGAGUCGUGCACGGCACUGAGAAUGCGCAGUUCGUUCGUGACUCGCUCGCCGACGUGCGGCCCGUCGAGUUUGUCAACCUCGGCGUGGCGACGAUGACCGAGUACGAUUACAACGUGCUGCUCAAGACGCCCUCCUUCUGGCGCUCGAUGGAAGCCGACCGGUGCCUCAUCUUCCAGACGGAUGGACUGCUGCUGCGGCCCAUUCCGAACGCGUUCCUCAGAUUUGACUGGGUGGGUGCACCGUGGACACCCGACAAUGACGUGUACAAGGGCAUCAACGAAGAUAAGGUUGCCAUUCCGACGCUGGACCGCUCGGUGCGCGUGGGCAACGGCGGCUUCUCGCUUCGCGGAGUGCAGGCCAUGGAGCGUAUCUGCACCGAGCACGCGGCCGAGUCGCAGCCUGCCGAGCAGGAGGACGUCUUUCUCGUGCGCAAUCUGCACCGGCACGGCUACAACAUCGCCGACCUUGAGUCGGCAGCCACGUUUGCACUCGAGGUCCCCAUUCCAGAGCACGCCGUCGACACUAGCAGGCUGGUGGCCAUCCACCAAGCGUGGAACUUUGUGCGCCCUGAGGUGCUGGCACAGCUGCUCCAAAUCAUCUGCAGCGAGUGCGGGCAGGUGCGCUAGCAUCGUCCCCUGGGAGUGCGGCGAAGGGGGGCGGGGGGAAUCGGGUUUGUGGAGCGUCCAGAGAGUGAUACUGUAUCUGAACCAGACUAGAUUUGAGAAGUGCAACACACACACUUGAAUCUUGAAAGAUCUAUAGAUCUAACACUAAUUAAAUCAGGGUACACCUUGGCUAGUUCCAUUUCACUGUGGCACAGCUCGCGUUACAAAACCUUGAUUUUGACCAUUUGCGCCAUUUUGUCC